AUGCACGCGAAUGACGGGCUCGUCAUCUCCGCCAAGCCUGAAGGAUUCGACACCGAAUGCUCAAUUCAGCAAGCUGAGACACUUGAUGUAACUGAUAGUGCAGCAGUUGCAGCCUCAGGCAUUAGGCACUCACCCCCUCAGCACCCAUUCAGUUAG